AUGGUUUCAGCGAUACGUCUUGGCCUACCUCUUCUUAAUCCGUACUUGGAUACAAAUGCAUCCUUCGUCAAUGGAGUGAAUUUUGCUGUUGCCGGCUCUCCUGCUCUUGAUUUUCCCUUCUUUGUACCGAAAGGGAUUGUGAUUCCACCUACCGUAGUUCCCCUCCCCGGCCAAAUCAAUUGGUUUAGACAAUACUUGGCCUCUAUCUGUUCUUUGCCAACCGAAUACUUGACCAAGCUAAGAAAUUCGGUGGUGUUUCUGGGAGAGAUUGGAGGAAAUGACAUCAACUAUCCAAUAUCACAGGGCAGAUCCCUUCAAGAGAUCUACACUUACAUACCAUCCAUCACAGGAGCCAUCGUCAACGGCAUAAGAGACGUAAUAGGGCUUGGCGCGAGGCGAAUAGUGGUUCCCGGAAACUUUCCAAUCGGUUGCCUCCCAUUUGUUUUGACCUUAAUCGCCAACACCAAUGCAACAAACCCGCAACAGUUGGAUCAAUUUGGGUGUGCAAGAAGUUACAAUGAGUUGGCUAUAUAUCAAAAUAACUAUCUCCAAAAUGCUCUGAACUCUCUGAGGGUACAAUACCCAAAUGUUACCAUUGUCUAUGCUGACUACUACGGCGCUUUCAUUUCAGUUCUUUCUCGUGCAUCCAUUCUUGGUUUUGACACGGCAAAUUUAUUCAAAGCUUGCUGCGGGAGUGGUGGCCCAUAUAACUACGAUGGGACUCUAUUUAAUUGCGGAAAACCGGGAUCCACUGUUUGUCCAAACCCAAGUAGUUACAUAAGUUGGGAUGGAUUGCAUCUCACACAAGAAGCUUACCGUCGAAUCUCAGAAGUCCUCAUUUCCAUGAUUCUCCCACAAUUGCUGUAA